CCCGCCGACCGGCGCAGGCAGCCGGGGCCGCCGCCACCGCCUCGGGCCUGGGAGGCAGCGCUCUCCCUACCUCCACCCUUGCCGGGAGCUGUAGCCGCUCUCCGCUCAUGAAGAGCACUGUCUGACAGAGUGACUAUCCUAUCCUCAGCACUGGGAGUACUGGGGGCAGAGUUUGCUGGUAGAUGAAGAAAUAGACUGCAUGAAUUAUUCAGUGUCAGAAGAAACACUGUGAAGAAGAAACUCAUCAACUUUGAGCUUGCACAAGAAGUGGUCAUCCCAUAUUUAGUGGCUACCAUACAUGCUUAGAUUUCCUUAUGUGGUCAAGUAGAUGUGCUUAUUUCAGCCUUAAACUUGUUGAUGCCGAUGCUUGCUAUGGCAUCUGUGGCUUCACCAGUUAUAUUUAAGGAGUUUUGUCCCUUAUAUUAUCUUCUCAAUGCCAUUCCUACAAAGAUCCAGAAAGGCUUUCGCUCUAUUGUGGUAUACCUGACAGCACUUGAUACCAAUGGAGACUACAUUGCUGUGGGGAGCAGCAUUGGGAUGCUUUAUCUCUACUGCAGGCACUUAAACCAGAUGAAAAAAUAUAAUUUUGAGGGGAAGUGUGAAUCUAUUACUUUUGUAAAGCUAUUGAGUUGUUUCGAUGAUCUGGUUGCUGUUGGUACAGCCUCCGGUCGGGUUGCAGUUUUUCAGCUUGUGUCUUCAUUACCUGGAAGAAACAAACAGCUUCGGAGAUUUGAUGUCGCUGGUAUCCACAAAAGUAGCAUUACAGCUUUAGCUUGGAGUCCCAAUGGAAUGAAAUUAUUCUCUGGAGAUGACAGAGGGAAGAUUGUCUACUCUGCCCUCGACCUAGACCAGGGUACUUGCAACUCCAGCCUUGUGUUGGAAGAGCCAUCUUCAAUUGUCCAGUUGGAUUACAACCAGAAAGUGCUGCUUGUCUCUACUUUACAGCGGACUCUACUUUUUUACACAGAAGAGAAGUCUGUCAAGCAAGUUGGAACACAGCCCAGAAAAAACAGUGGCAAAUUUGGAGCAUGCUUUAUACCUGGACUGUGUAAACAGAGUGACCUGACCCUGUUUGCUGCCAGACCUGGGCUUCGUCUCUGGAAGUCUGAUAUUCAUGGAACUGUUCAGGCCACAUUUAUAUUGAAAGAUGCAUUUGCUGGAGGAAUAAAAACCUUUGAACUGUAUCCUCGUUUGGAACCACCUGACAGUGGAAGUUACAGCUUCCCAGAGAAACACCUUGGGCUUGUUUCGUGCUUUUUCCGAGAAGGAUGGGUGCUGACCUGGAAUGAGUACAGCAUCUACUUGCUAGAUACAGUGAACCAGGCUUUGAUUGGUGGCUUGGAAGGAUGUGGUGAUAUUGUAUCUGUGUCCUGUACCAACAAUGAGAUUUUUCUCUUAAAGGGAGACAGAGACAUAAUAAGAAUUUCAAGUAGACCUGAAGGACUGUCAUCAAUAGUUUCAGAUGUGAAUUCCAAAGUGCCAAAUCCUUUAUCAGAUACAAGUCCUAAAUUGCUGACCCCCGUAUCAGUAGCUGCACCAGUUACUUCCCCUUCUGUUAUUGGUGAUAAAAGUGACUCUUACUCUUCAGUGAAAGAUGAUCUGGAAACUCCAGUGCUAUCAGAGAAAAAUUUGGAUAAAGUGGGUGACUGGAGUGAGGAAACAAGAAGAAGGGGCUGCUCUGUAGUAAGUGAAUCAAGAAGCAGGAGCAGUUCAGUAAAUUCUGUAGGCAGUGGCUCUAGCUUUAUGAUGUGUGCAGACCAACUUUCAGAAGCUCAGAGAGAAGGUCAACUUUCUUCACAACGGUUCAGCACAAUCAGCUCUGAAGAUUUUGAUCAAGAACUCAUUGUAAAGCCAAUUAAGGUGAAAAAGAAAAAAAAGAAAAAACAAGAAAGUGGGACCAGGAAAAACCACAGCUCUCUGGAAGGAACACCAAUUUAUGAGCGCCAGCUUUCUGGUGAUAGUCCCCACUCAUUGAAUGCAGACUCCUUUUCUAUGACUUCCAGCCUAAUGAGUGGCAGCAUUGAUCAUUUGAGUACUGGAUCUCCAGAUCAGGAAAGCAUGUUCAGUGUGGAGUCCCAUACAAUCUUGCAAGAAGAUAAUGGUUCAGAAACUUUCAGUAUCCUACAGUCUCCUGAGUCUGCAACAGUACUAAUUAAUGAAGACAAUGGAGAUAUGGUUGAUUUACAGAAAUUUCCUAACAGUGACAGUGGCAGGGAUACUUCAGCUGUUGCAGAUACUUUGACAUCUGUCCCUCCUCAAAUUCUUGCAGAAGGCUUGACAAGCAGUGUUGAUGAUGAAUAUAAUGGUAGUGUGGUUUCCACAAGUAGUGAAUGUUGUCUUGGAAAGCUGAGCCAAGAGGAGGAGCAGGAUUUUCAUACAUUGUGUAAAAUAGAUGAAAAUGUAGAUAAAAUGGAUCUGGAAGAUACUGAAAAAUAUUUUGAAGAGCCACACCUUACAGACCAAGUGGUUUUUGACUGUGACAGUGUACUUGGUGUUCAGACAUCACUGACACCACAGGAAAGCAAUGAAGCUUGUAGGGAAGACCAAAAGCAGCUUUCUCUUAUACACAGUGCUCUGUCAGAUCCUUCUGUGCUUCACUUUGACAUCUCCAAUGACUGUUCAGAUAACACUUCCAUUUCUGGAUGGAAUUUUGAAAGUGCAAUCAAAGCUAAAUCUAGUACUAGCACUGCUGAAUGGGUAACAGACACUCAUGAAAGUAAGACUGAGAAAUCUGCCUCAAGUGAUGAUGAGGAUAUUUAUGGACAUGGAUUACCAUAUUCAUCCUCAGAGACCAGCGUGCCUGAAGUUGGUGCUGGGCCUGGUUCCCAGGAUGUGGGCAAGAUAAACCUAGAUGAAAUGGUGCUGUUAAAAUCUGAUCAGUUUGCAGAGAGCUGGAUGGGAUACUCUGGCCCUGGCUAUGGCAUCCUGAGCUUGGUGGUCUCAGAGAAGUACAUUUGGUGCCUGGACUACAGAGGCAGCCUGUACUGCAGUGCUCUGCCUGCAGCGGGUCUGCGCUGGCAGAAGUUUGAAGAUGGUGUCCAGCAAGUGGCAGUUUCCCCCUCAGGGUCUCUUCUGUGGAAGAUUGAACAGAAAACUAACAAAGCAUUUGCUUGUGGAAAAGUAACUAUAAAAGGAAAACGCCACUGGUAUGAGGCUUUACCCCAGGCUGUAUUUGUAGCUUUAAGUGAUGACACUGCCUGGAUUAUCAGAACAAAUGGAGAUCUGUAUCUGCAAACAGGCCUGAGUGUAGAUCGUCCAUGUGCCCGAGCAGUAAAGGUUGACUGCCCCUGCCCCCUGUCCCAGGUCACAUCCAGAAAUAAUGUGGUGUGGGCACUGAGCGAGCAGCGGGCGCUGCUGUACCGGGAGGGCGUGCGCAGCUUUUGUCCUGAGGGAGAGCAGUGGAAGAGUGAUAUUGUCAGUGAAAUGCAAGCUUUGGAACCAGUGUGCAUAACCCUUGGAGAUCAGCAGACAUUAUGGGCUUUGGAUAUCCAUGGAAAUCUGUGGUUCAGAACUGGUAUAGUUUCAAAGAAACCACAAGGAGAUGAUAACCAUUGGUGGCAAGUAAGCAUCACUGAUUAUGUAGUAUUUGACCAGUGCAGCCUUUUCCAGACAAUAAUCCAGGCAACUCACACAGUGGCAACAGCAGCUCAGGCACCUGUGGAGAAGGUGGCCGAUAAACUUCGGAUGGCAUUUUGGUCACAGCAGCUUCAGUGCCAACCCAGCCUCCUUGGAGUCAAUGGCAGUGGAGUCUGGAUCUCUUCAGGCAAAAAUGAAUUCCAUGUGGCAAAAGGAAACUUAAUAGGCACUUAUUGGAAUAAUGUUGUGCCUCGUGGUACUGCUUCUGCCACAAAAUGGGUUUUUGUGUUGGCUUCCACAGCUUCUUCUAAAGAAGGAAGCUUUCUGUGGCUGUGUCAAAGCAAUAAGGAUCUGUUUUGUGUCAGUGAUCAGAAUCCUCAGUUUCAUCCAUCUACAGUGCAGCUGCCACCAGACACUGAAAUGGUGCACUACUCUGCCUGCCAGGAUGCCAUUUGGGGUUUGGAUAGUCUUGGGCAGAUAUUUAUCAGAACACUUUCAUCCAGCUGUCCAACAGGGAUGCAUUGGACAAAACUGGAUCUCUCCCAGCUAGGUGGUGUAAAGCUGAUCAACUUGACCUGUGGAAAUCAGCAUGUUUGGGCCUGUGACAGCAGUGGUGGCAUUUACUUCCGUGUAGGAACUCAACCUUUUAACCCAAGUUUGAUGCUUCCUGCGUGGAUAAUGAUUGAGCCACCUAUACAGCCAGUAGGAAUCAACUUGGUCAGCAUUCAUUCAAGUCCAAAUGAUCAGAUGUUGUGGGCAAUUGAUAGCAAAUGGAAUGUCCACGUACGAGUUGGAAUUACAGAUGAAAUGCCUGUAGGCACUGACUGGGAACAUGUACCAGGUUUGCAGGCUUGCCAGCUGGCUAUAAGUACCAGGACCGUUUGGGCACGCUGUCCAAAUGGAGAUGUAGCUCGUCGAUAUGGCAUUACUGACAAGAAUCCAGCAGGAGACUACUGGAAGAAGAUUCCUGGAAACGUGUCACGUUUAACAGUGACCCCUCUAGAUGAACUGUGGGCCAUCAGUACUUCAGGAUCCCUUCUCCAGCGCCUCACUAAGACCUUUAGCCAUUCACAUAGUUUGCAGAAAAAUAAUGACACUUCUGUUCUGCUUCACACUGAUGAUUUUGAAGAUGAAUGGGAAGUGAUAUGAAGUCCGAAGCCUGUGAAGCAGUGAAAAUAACAGGACAGAAUUUUUGUAAUGUAUGUACAGAAUGUUGGAUCUAAAAGCCACUAUUAUUGAACUGUGAUAUUAGCACUUUUGUAUUGAAAACCUGACCUGUUAAAUAGCCCCCAAGCUGUGAGUCCUGAUGUUUGUUCAGUUACCUCUUGGGAGAUUCUUUAGGUGUGGCAUACUGCAAUUGUUAUACCGUACUACUGUAGGAGCUCCUUUGGAAAUAUAACUCUUUAAUCUUACUAGCAAUGAAAGUGACUAUUUUACAACAGCAUGCACACUAGUACAUGUGUACUUACUUUGAGAAGGAAUUCUGUUGCAUUAAAUAAUUCUCUACGGGAGAAACAUUAAGCAUUUCUCAAUUUCUUGUACUUGGAACUCCAAACCUAUGGGAACACUCUCUGGUUAUUGUACAUAUAUUUAGAAUUAUUUUCCCUUGUAGCAUGGAAGAAAGUAUGGCAAAGUAUUUCUUAGUAAAAUCUCAGAUUGUCAUAAUUAUGCAGCUUUGGUGUUGAAAUGAACUGAGUUUGAUCCAUUUCAAUAGAAACGCCUGCCUGUCUUGCAUUUCUAGAAAUUUUGUUCAUCAUUUGGCUUAAUUCACAAGGGAGAAGUUUGGGUUACACCUAGUAUCAGGGGGACUUUGCUUAUUUCACACAGCCAUCAGGAAGCUGUCAGAUUUUUGGGGGUAAGUCCCACUUGGGAAUAGUAUGAAGUUGCAUGUUGGGUUUGUAGUACCAAGGAAUGUACAAGGCAGCUUUCAUAAUUCCUGUUGUGCUGUAUUUGUGCCUCCAGCCAGUGCUUUAACAUUUGGACUCAAAUUGUUUUGAGUACCAAACUUAGAUGUAUUAAAAAAAAAUGGUAAUUGAUAGAAUUACCUAUCUAUCCCAUUAAAAUUUGUGAUAUUGUGAGAAAAUACCUAACAAUUUUCUGACUUUUAGCUAUGUUAGCUACAUUUUGAAGUGUCUUAUACUUAACAGACGUUGCAGCAGAGGUAUGUGAUGAACUGGGAAGUAACAAGUUAAUCAUUGCAGUUUAUUUUUCUUUAAACUUUAAAUCUGCUUUGAAAGAUACCUCAUCUUUUUUAAGCAAUAGAACUAUAUAUGAGAGAACUUGUGUUCUUUAUGUAGGCGGAGGAGACUUUGUUUGUUCUUAGCUUAUAAAUCAUCAUAGUGUUUUAAGCAGCUGCUAACCAAUACUGUAAAAGAGCCAGCUUCAGAAAAGGCCUAGAGUUGAAAAGUGGGGAUGAUUCUGUUUUGAGAACAUAAUACAUAUGGAAAAGUAUGUUUUCUUUUUAACCUCUGUUCUCUUUCAGAAUAAUUCAUGGGUACACUGCACUAAACUUGGAACAAACAUAGUGGCGGGUGAGAAUGUGAAUCUGUGGUGAGAGAACCAAGUUAUGUCACUUUUUUUAGUAGCAUUUGUGAUAUUGGCUAUCAGUUUUCUCUGAUCUUUCAGUCUUACAAGGAAGACAGAUUUGUUUCCCUGUUACAGAUGGUAUGUUUGCUUCAUUGCUGUCUCACCUGUAUUCGGAGAUUACCCCAGAGGAUUUUUUAGCCUCUCUGGCAGUGGAUUGUAAUGGAAUCAGCUUUUGAAGUAAGGCAGUCUGUUUUAUGCAAGCAUAGCUUGGUAUCUUAAGGACCCCAAAGAAGCUGAAAUUCAGCUUGCAAAUACCUUGUGGCAACUCCUGAGUCAGUCACUUUGGAGAAGGGACAUGAGUACUUUCCUGUGCUCUGCCAAGCACCAGAUGCUCAAGUACAAUAGCAUUAUUUAAUAGCAACAUUUUGUAUUACAUUUUUCAAAGUCAUCUUAGUAAUGGCUUGAGCUUGCAAGUUGUUUGAUUACUACUGUAUAAUAACAUACCUUGCUAUGGACAUUAAUAUUAAAUUGGUGUCAAGAGCUCUUACCAGACUCCUUUUUUUAGGAUAGUUUCAAUGAAAUUAGGACUUUUUUUUAACUUUUAUUUCUGUAUUUAGGUUUUUGGUUUUGUUUGUGCUUUGAGACAAGUGCAAUAAACUAGAUUUUUA